AUGAAGCCGUGCCCCCUCCCCGCCCCGACCAUGACCUUCUACCCGCCCGGACGGUUGUACUACGACGGCAGGAUGGAGUUCAUGCUCCUCGGCGGCAGGCACAACAAGGUGGUCGCCGCCGACCAGACGGGCCGCGCCGUCCUCUACGACCCCGACCAGCACGCCGUCCGCACCCUGUCGACGAGGACCACCUCUACGUGCUCGGUACGGUCCCGGGCCCCGAUGGCCGGUGCUUCGAGUGCCUCGAGUUUGACCACGGCGGAGGCGAGGACUGGCACCCCCGCGUCCUCCCGCCGCCGCCCUAAAUGUACCGCGAGCGUAGGAGGGACGGUCCUCCUCCCGCCGUCGACUCGUACACGGCGGUCGACGGCGGCGGCGGCGGCGGCGCGCGGUGGCACCAAUUCGUUCGACACGACGGCGGAGGCGUGGAGCAAGGCCGGCGACUGGACGCUGCCGUUCAGCGGCCGCGCCGAGUACGUCCCCGAGCACGGCCUCUGGUUCGGCCUCAGAGACGGCGGCCCCUGCGCGUUCUGCGCCGUGGACCUCGCCGCCGCCACGGCACGGAGGCCCCCGGCGGUGCGCAGCCUCUGGAAGGACUUCGCCCCGCCGGCGGAGUGGACGGUCUUCCCUCCGGUGUCGCGCCUCGUGCACCUGGGAUCCGCCAGGUUCUUCACCACCGACAUGCUCGGCCCCUACCCAGCCGGCCACGCGGUGUUCACCGCCGUUGAGGUGGAGCGCUGCGCCGCCGCCGACGGAGGGCUUCGAAUGAUGAAGCACGGAUCGCUGUACAUGCUCCUCCAUGAGAUGCAGAUGAUCCCUUGGGUGCUUUGAUUAGCUUCUAUUAGUACCUAGUGGCAACAGCACAAGAUCUUAUAUGGCAUCCUCUUGAGGCCCCAAUAGAUCUUUAGUAGUAGGAGUAGCAAUCAACCUCACUUGGCACAUGAUGAUUUUUUAUCAAGAUUGUCGAUGUUUGUGUCAUAUGCAUGGUAGUGUUUAGGGGGGCCUCUGUAAUAAAAUUGGUGUAAUCAUUUAGAAGCUGUUGACUAACUUGUUACUCAGGUUAUGUGUGCGAAUAUAAUAUCAUAAAUAAAUGUGUUUCCCAUCUAGUUGAGUUGUUGAGUUACUCUCUCUAUUGUGUUGCAAGCAGUUGCCAAGCUUGAUGCAGAUUUCAAGUCAAGUACUAUUUGAAUCAGAGUGAUGACUGAAUGACUAGUUGUGUUUGGUUUCAUACUUUCAUCAAUAAAAAAGGAGCCAUGCGACUUGCAACUUAGGUACUCUGAUACUUAACAAUUUAUAUGAUUUUGUGUGGAAUAUUUUUUCCCACAAUUUUUCUCCUUAUUAGGCAAGAUGCUGGAUUAAAAAAUCAAAGCUUUGUUCCAAUUUCGUAAUGAUAGUAAGGUAGUGGUCAGCCAUUAUCCAGGAAAUUUUAUCUCUAAAAAAGGAGAAUUUAGGUGACUUAUUUGAGGACUGCCAAGAGAAGCUUGCCCUUGUGUUAUUUUGAACUAACAUAUUCUUCUCCAUACAUCCUGCAGCGCUACAUCCAGGAGUUAGCAGUCUCAAAAGCAUUUCCAAGCAUCAACAGUUGUGUUCUUCAGUGUUUGUGAGAAUGUUCUGUGGUGUUUCUUCCAAAAAAAGAACUUCGCUACAGGGGGAGAGAUCCAGGGGGAAGAAAAGAAUCCACAUCCACUAGCUAGAUAUGUACAUCCACCACUUGUAAAGCCC